GAAGAAGGUGAGAGACAGAGGAGAUUUUUAAAUGUUCCCGGCUGGAAGGUUAUUGCCUUCGUCGGAGUUUGCGCACAAACGGAAUUUCAACACUUAGACGAAAAACGCUGCUUGUUGCUCGUUUGCUCGCAUUCGACGAAUCUCCCGAUCCGAUCGGUAGAGAAACAACGGCUAAGUCGUAACUUUUACCUAGUCUUUAGUGGAAUCUCCGACGGAAUGGAAGCCGAUAAUUCCGCCGCCGACACAGAAAGGAGCCCGGCGAACAAAGGCGAAAACGGCGAUUCGAGCCAUGUGAACGGCCUCAACGGCUACUCCGACAAGCACAAAAGCCACAAAUCGUCCGAUCACAAAGACAAGCAUCGGGACAAGGACAAGGACAGGGAACGGGACAGGAGCCGCGCCAAGGAGCACAAGAGCAGCUCCGGCAGGGACAGGGACAAGGAGAAGCAUCACAACAGCUCGAAGGACAAGGACAAGGAACGCCACAGCAGCUCCCACAAGUCCUCCAACAGGGACAAGGACCGCGGCGACAGGGACAAGGAUAAGGAGCGAAGCGAUAAGGAUCGUCACAAGGAGAAAGAUCGACAUCGGGAUGAUAAGAAAUCGUCGAGGGAGCACAAAAGCUCCCACGACAAGGACCACAAGAUUUCAUCGUCGUCGUCUUCUUCCAAGGAUAAGGAACGGAAGGAUAGGGAUAAGGAGCGCGACAAGCACAAAAACCGGGAUAAGGAGAAGGAGCGCCACAGUAGCUCGAAAGACAAGCAUAGGGAUAAAGAACGCGAAAGGGACAAGCAUCAUUCCAGCUCUAAAGACUCCAAGGAUAAGAGCAGAGAAAAGAAGCCGGAGAAGGAAAAAAAUACAGAAGAAGAUCUGAAGGUCAAGUCCCCUGUGGAGGAGCCUAAAGUUGUGAAGAAGGAAAUCAAAAUCGAAUCGAAGGAGGAAUCGUACUUCAGCACCGACGAUGACGACGAUAAACUCGUAAUUAAGGAUGAGCCCAGCAGUCAGGACGAGGCCGACGAGAGGAACCUCGUGGAUCAUUCGACUGCGAGCAGUUGCGAUUACAACUAUUCCCAAUUCAAAAACGACGAAUCGGCCUUCUCCGGUGAAGAAAACCAGUCGCCCGAGAGAAAGGUGGACAUCAAAGAAGAGGAGGAUAGCGAAGAAGACAUGCCUUUGUGUAACAGAAGUAUUGAGCGGUCCGCCAGACUUAAUAGCAAUAAGAGAAAAAUAAAGGACGAGGAUGAAGACGACGAUGAUGACGCGCCCCUAUCUUCCAGGAAGAAACCUAAACUGGAGAAGAAGGUUAAGAAGGAAAAGACGAAAAAGAAGCGCAAGAUAGACGAUGAAGAGGAGUUUGACGAUUACCAAGAAGACAAGAAACCCAAGGUGAAAAAAGAAAGAAAGACCAAGAAAUCUGAACCAGUCGAAGAGAGCCCCAAGAAAGGGAAAAAGAAAGCUAAGGAAGAGGAAGUUGAAGUUUGGAAAUGGUGGGAAGAAGAUAAGAAGGAUGAUGGGGUGAAAUGGAACUUCCUGGAACACAAAGGUCCUGUUUUUGCACCACCUUACGAGCCGCUUCCCAAGGACGUAAAGUUCAAAUACAAUGGAAAGGUGGUGGAACUUUCCGAGGACGCUGAAGAGGUGGCUGGUUUUUACGCUAAAAUGUUGGACCACGACUACACAACCAAAGACAUUUUUAACACAAAUUUUUUCAAAGACUGGAGAAAGGUGAUGAGCGAUGGAGAAAGAUCUCUAAUAACAAACUUAGAAAAGUGCGAUUUUAAACAAAUUCACGCCUACUACAAGGACUUGUCUGAGAAAAAUAAGAAUAAAACUAAGGAAGAGAAGCAAGCGCUUAAAGAGAAAAACGAAGCUCUGAUCAAAGAAUACGGUUUUUGUACCAUCGAUGGUCACAAGGAAAAAAUUGGUAACUUCCGAUUAGAACCUCCAGGACUUUUUAGAGGAAGAGGUGAACACCCGAAGAUGGGUAUGCUGAAACGUCGACUAAACGCCGAAGACAUCAUCAUCAAUUGUAGCAAAGAUUCAAAAAUACCGGUACCGCCGCCGGGUCACAAGUGGAAGGAAGUUCGACACGUCAACACUGUAACUUGGCUUGCUUCUUGGACUGAGAACGUUCAGUCGCAGGUUAAAUACAUCAUGUUGAAUCCGAGUUCGAAAUUGAAAGGGGAAAAAGAUUGGCAGAAAUACGAAACUGCCAGGAGAUUGCAUAAAUGCAUUGAUAAAAUAAGAAGUGAUUAUCAACAGGAUUGGAAAUCGAAAGAAAUGAAGAUUAGGCAACGAGCCGUAGCUAUGUAUUUUAUUGAUAGAUUGGCAUUGAGAGCCGGUAAUGAAAAAGACGAAGAUCAAGCGGACACAGUCGGUUGUUGUUCCCUUCGAGUAGAGCACAUUGAAUUGCACGAAAAGAAAGACGAUAAAGAAUAUGUUGUAGUUUUCGAUUUUCUCGGUAAAGAUUCCAUUCGGUACUACAAUGAAGUGCCUGUCGAAAAGCGAGUAUUUAAAAAUCUCAUGUUGUUCAUGGAAAACAAAAAAGAAGGCGAUGAUCUCUUUGACAGACUUAAUACGAUGAUUUUAAAUAAGCAUCUCUCUGAAUUAAUGGAAAAUCUCACUGCUAAGGUAUUUCGUACGUAUAACGCUUCUUGGACAUUGCAACAACAAUUGGACAAGUUGACGGAUCCGGACGAUUUGGAAGCCGAAAAAAUUUUGGCUUACAACAGAGCUAAUAGGGCCGUGGCCAUUUUGUGUAACCAUCAACGUUCGGUUCCUAAAGGGCACGAAAAAUCUAUGGAGAAAUUGAAAGAAAAGAUCGAAGCUAAGCGGGAAGCUAUCAAAGACGCAGAAAGACAAGUGAAAGAUGCCGUAAGAGAAGCUAAACACGGAAGCGUGAAAGAAAAAGUAACGGCUGAUAAGAAGAAAAAGACCCUUCAACGUCUUAAAGAACAGUUGGUGAAAUUGGAAAUACAAGAAACGGAUCGUGACGAAAACAAGACAAUAGCUUUGGGUACGUCAAAGUUGAAUUACUUGGAUCCUAGAAUUAGUGUAGCUUGGUGUAAGAAAUACAACGUACCCAUUGAGAAAAUUUACAAUAAAACUCAACGAGAUAAAUUUCGAUGGGCUAUCGAUAUGGCUGGUCCGGAUUACCGGUUCUAAUUUAGUUAAGAUUUAGUGUGUUUGUUUGUAGUAAAAACGUGAGUUUGAGAUUUAAUUAUAUUCACUUUGGUGGGGCUUAGGGUUUUAAAUUAUUAUUUUUUAAUGUAUCUGUAAAUUGUUUGAUUUUUUUAUAAAACGAAAUUGUAGUAUUAAGAACUAUUUUCAUUAUGUUAUGUUAAUUAUAUUUCCGACUUUAAAAUUUGUAAGCACCGCCAAAGAAAUCUUUAAACCAUUCCCAAUAAACAAAAUGUUUGGAAUUUAUUCAAACCAAUACUGUCUAAACUUAAUUUGAGACGACAGCAUAGUUCACCCUGUAUUUUUUAAGAUUAAAUUAUUAGCAAUUAUUGAAUUUUUACUUAGCGAAUUUUUUUAUUUGUAUAAAUAAUUAAAGGAGGUAUUAAAUAUCUUGUACAAAUAUUAAAACAUUUUUGUACAUUUGCCUUUGGGCGUCGACGUUUUUGAAAAUUAAUUUGAUUUUAAAUGUCUCGAAGCUUCUACUGUGACUACGAUACAGUCACAGUGAAUCUGAAACAAGGCAGUUAAUUGAAAAAAUACCAAGAAAUAAAUCAUGAAUGUGCAAUUUUCGAGUGUCUUUGUAUAACCGAAAGUCUUCGCCCACUGUCAGUUAAAUUAUCAGUUGUCAAUGUUGAGGCGACAUACAUCCAUGUAAUCUGUAUAUUACAGAAUUUAUAAAUAAAUUAAAUGUAA